AGUGCCUGUGUGCAACUAUGUCUGAGUAGGCAGCCGGUAACACAAUGUCUGCCUUGUAUAAAGUAACUCUCUUAGUGAGCGCUAAGAUAUGUGAGGAAAACAUAUUUGGUGGAGUGUGACAAUAUGAACCGCUUUGACCGACCAGACAGAAAUGUUCGGCAAUCUCAGGAAGGAUUUUGGAAAAGGCCACCCCAGAGGUGGAAUGGACAGGAACAUUACCACCUCAGCCAUCCUGACCACUAUCAUCACCGUGGAAAAAGUGACUUGAGCAGAGGCUCUCCCUAUAGAGAAUCUCCUUUGGGUCAUUUUGAAAGCUAUGGAGGAACCCCCUUUUUCCAGGCUCAGAAGAUGUUUGUAGACGUACCAGAGAAUACAGUGAUAUUGGAUGAGAUGACUCUCCGGCACAUGGUCCAAGACUGCACUGCUGUAAAAACUCAGUUACUCAAACUGAAACGUCUCCUGCAUCAGCACGACGGAAGUGGUUCAUUGCACGAUAUUCAGCUAUCAUUGCCAUCCAGUCCAGAACCAGAAGAUGGUGACCAAAUAUAUAAGAGUGAAGAUUUGUUAAAUGAAAUAAAACAACUUAAAGAAGAAAUAAAGAAAAAAGAUGAAAAGAUCCAACUAUUAGAACAUCAGCUUGCAAGUCAGUAUAACAGCCACCAAAAAUCUAAAGAAGAAAAAUGCACAUAUGCUGAUAAAUAUACCCAAACACCCUGGAGAAGAAUUCCUCCUCAAGUACUACAGCCUUCCAGCAGCCUUCCCAGACCCACAGACCAUGCCCAGGGAAAACUAAUAAAGCCGCAACCUAUCGAGGCCCGCAGUGAAUGCACGACCCAGGGCAUGCAUCAGGGUGUUGCACAUCUGGAUGAAAGCUUUACACACGGCUUGGAAGAAGAAAGCAACUACGGUUUGGAAGACCGGCCUUUUUCGUCAAGCCCACAAUUCACAAUGGAUGUGGCUAAGAGUACACCUUCUGAAGGAAACUUGAACAUGACUGUGGAUGCUCAAGAGCCUUAUCAUUUGGCAAAUAAUCAAAUUAGUGACAUGCAGUUUGUAUCUACUUCUCUUCAGACACUUCCCCAAUCAAGUACAGUAGACCAGGUUAAGAGAGUUGGAAGAAAUCAGUCUCUGCCAGUGGGCUGUAUGGCUCAGCCCAAGUCCGUGCAGCUUUUAAAGCCAUCCAUCUUGAAUUCUUUGGUACCUCCUCCAGUUUCUGAAUCAUCUCCAAAUAGGACUCUCACUUGUAAGAAGUCACCGAUAAUCACAACAUGUAAUUCAGCAAAACUUCAGCCAACGUCUAGUCAAACAAAUCUUAUAAAUAAUCCAAACCUGAAAGCGUCUAAGCUCCGCCCCCCCUCAGGCUCUUUCAAACAAAAACAAAUAAGCAACCCCCAACUAGAGCCUCAAAGCUUCCAGGCCAAGACAAGCAUCCCAAGGCCACUAACACAAAGAAAAGAAAUCAUGCACAGUUCAAAUGGCAAUUUGCAUUCUGGGGACUGUUUGGCUUCUAAUCGAUAUUCUCGUCUUCCUAAACCAAAGAUACAUUAAGUACAUAGCCAUCACCUGCCAAUUUGGUUUUUUAAAAACUGUUCUGUAAUAGCUUUAUGUGCAGUUUGCUACCAUGGUGGAGGUUCCAUUAAAAAAAGCCUGCAAAUGUUAAAAUGUGGAAGCUUCUACUAGUUUGGCUCUUCCAUUUUAUAUCCUGGUUGAAGUACAUGCCAUUCGAGCAUACUUGUCUCAGGUAAACCCAAGUUUGCUUACCCAUUUCAGAGGCCUGCCAAAGGCUCUAAUCAUGUUUUGCAUUAAUCUGUACAUCAGAAAGUGCAUAAUAUUCUACUUAGCAGACAAGAAGUGUGCUUUGCUGGUUUAGUGCUGUUAAGGUCUGUAUUUAUUGUGGUUAUCAGAACCUCACCCCUUUUUACUUGUCCCUCCUGUGAAUAUGGCUACUAUUUUAAAGAUGAGGUGAUAAUGGAAGAUGGUAGUUUAUAAGCAGAGUUCUGGCCAGUGUUUUGUGUAUUUAAAAGGUCUAUGCAAAAGCUUCGUGAUGAAUAAAGGAGAUUAGGCUUUU